UUUAACCUUAGUGGGGAUGAACAUUUAAGACAAAAUAAAACGCACCAUUUCUGCAAGCGUCUAACAAACGUUGACCAGUUUGUUGAAAUUGUUUUUUUUUUGGUAAAACAUGGCUGGCAUUGGAGAUGACAGGAAGAUUAAGGAUGCUCAGAUGAGGGCAACUAUCAACCAGAAGUUGGUGGAAACAGGAGAAAGAGAAAGAUUAAAGGAACUGUUGAGGACCCGACUUGUUGAAUGUGGAUGGAGAGACCAACUUAAACAGUAUUGUAAAGAGGUAGUAAAACAGAAAGGAUUAGAACAUAUCACAGUAGAUGAUUUAGUGGCUGAAAUAACACCCAAAGGAAGAUCAUUGGUUCCAGAUAAUGUAAAGAGAGAAUUAUUACAGAGAAUAAGAACAUUCCUGGCUCAGCAGUCUAAUAUAUAAAGUAUAUACCUCAGCGAUUGUCAGAGGAGAGUGGACUGUUCUCACAUCAUUCCUUUAGAAGUGUAUUGGACUAGAUAUAGCCACAAUCUAAUAAGCAAUAAUGUUUAUAACGUUAACUAAACGAAAGGUUUAAGACUUUGUACUUGACCUUUAUUUUUUUUAUAUCUCUUGUAUACUGUGUAUGGAAUGAUAGUUUGUGUCUCAAUUUGCAAAGGGGUUUGGAAAUGUUUGAAUUUUCUCAAUUUGCAAAUGGACUUCUUUAAAACUAUUGUAGUAAAAACUUGGAGUGCACUUUUUGUGUUUCAGUAAUAUAUGCACUGUUACAUCUGAUUGUAGGAAAUUGACUUCACUACGACGAUACUGUAUCAAAUACAUGUAAACUUAAAAAACAAAAUGCAUAUGUUGAAUUCACAUUUGCAUUGAAAAUAUUUAGAAAAAAUAGAUUAGGAUAGAUAGAAAGUUUAAAAAAGAAUCAGUUUUAAAGAUGAUAAUUUCCACAAAAUAUUUCUUUUAUUUUUGCUUGAAGAUAGUAGUCAGAAGUUAUUAUUUACCUUUCAAGGCUGAAAUUGCUUAGUGAUAAUUAAAGAAAAAAAGAGGUCAGAAGUUAAUUUCUUCUCAAAUUUAACAAAACAUUUUUUUUUUAGUAUUAUCCACAUUUCAUGUUAGAUUUGGGCAAGUUCUAAAUAAACUGUGCUAUUUGAUACCUUAUUUUUAAACAGCAUUAUAUACUAUGUAAUUUUUUACUAGUUGAAGUUGUACUUUUUUAACAUUCAGUUUCUUGUCUGUUUACUUUAUUUGAAGUGAAUGUUUAAGAAGUUAAAAAAAAAGAAAUGUUGAAUGAUAUUUUGCCAUAUCUGUCUUGUAGUUAUUGUCUCUUAUUACUUGAAUUAUUGUAAUAAUGAUAAGUACAAAAUACUUAUAUCUAUUUUUAUAUAUACAUUAUUUAGAUUAUUUAGCUCAAUAUAUACUUCUAGUCUGUUUUUCCAUAUUAUCUUCAGAGGCCAAAAUAAACAUAUCUUGGGUUCCCAUCCAUUCUAUCAUGUCAAGGUAUACAUUUACUCUUUCCCGUCCUUUUGUCUUAUGAUAUUAGUAGUCUUAUGUGCAAUCAUACCACUCUUCCAUAUAACCCAUUCAUUGGUUAGACAUUUCCCAAAUCACCAACUUUACUCUGAUUAUAUAUAAUUUAAGCAUGCUAUAUCCCUUUCUGAUUUGGGGCAAUGCAACUGAAUAAAGAGUAAGAAUCCCUGUUGAUUUGAAGAUAAUAUUUGGUUACAUAAGUUAUAAACGAUCUUUAGUCUUCCAAAAUCUUAUCUAAAUUGAUUAUGCUGGUGAAAAUGUAUUUGAAUAAAAGUAUGGUAACACAUUGCUCUCUUUUUACUUCUCGCCCUGGCUCUGCACUGCAGCUAUCCAGUAUUUAUUCUUGUACCAGCAUACUUCCCAACAAGGGAAAGAAUCUAUUCAAUUGUAAUUUUAUAAUCAGAUUCAGGCUGGGGCGAUGGGUUUCAAACUUUUUUGUUGCUUGUGUGAUAUAAUACUCAAGAGAAAUGUAUGUUGUUACAAAUUAUUUUGUGCACAAUUACUUCAUAGAUUUGUACAUAAGGUCUUCCAAUGUAACACAAAUAAGGGUUAUAAACUACAUUUUUCUUUUGUUUGGUUUAUUUUUUAUUAUGGAUGGGCCAUAUAUUUGGGAAAUGUUAUCCUUUAUCAUUUACAUUCCAGUGUGAGUGAAUAUUUAAUUAAUGAAAGCUUUAUCAUAAUAAAUCAUAGACUGCUGUUAAGUAUUUCUUAAACAUAGCAUGAUUUGGAACAUUGUUUUGUCGCCUUGCAUGUCAAAAUCGAAAUGGAUGUAACAACAAAUGUUUAUUUUGGCCUUGUUUUAAGGGUAUAUAUCUAUAAAUAAUAGAUUUAGUGUCAUAUCAUAUCAUUUAAUUUCAUUUCAUUGUUAAUAAAGAAUACAAAUUUGAAAAAUAUUAACAAACUCAUGCUUAAGAUUUAAUUUUAUGUUUUUAACAAAAAAUUGUUGGUUAUAGUAUUUUAGACAUAGUUCUUAUGCUAGAUUGUUUGAACAUAAUCUUGUUCUCUAUUGAGAUUAUAUCAAUUUAAAAAGUUAGAUGCAUAUAUUUUUUUCCAUUCAAUCACAUUCCCUUAUGUGAGACGUAUCUUAAUUCGUUAAUUUCGGUUUUGAAAGUAGUUGUCUCCCUUUGCGCAGUUUUGAUUCCGCUGUUGUUAUUGAUGUAUACCAGAUUGUCAUACAUAAUUUUAUAAUCAAUUAAACAGCAUUAUUUUCUAUAAUUUUUAAGGGCUGUUAUAAAUUUAAAUUGCACAGAGGUAAGGAAUUUAAAGUUUGAUUUUAAUUGGUGCAAAAUUUCAUUUCAUUUUCAUUGUACAUUUUUACUCAUCUUUUUCACAGAACUGAACAAUGUAAAUAAAAUAUUUAUUGUUUAUAAA